AUGACCUGGGUCUCCCGUUCUGUUUCAGUCAUCGAGGGCGAUGCCAUGUCCCCCGACUUCAUCCUGUCGCAGCCGGAGGGGGUCUACCUGUACAGCAAGUACCGCGAGCCCGAGAAGUACAUCGCCCUAGAUGGGGACAGUCUGACCACAGAGGAUCUGGUGAACUUGGGCAAGGGACACUACAAAAUAAAGCUCACCUCCGCCGCUGAAAAGAGGGUGCAGAAGUCCAGGGACGUCAUCGACAGCAUCGUGAAGGAGAAGACGGUUGUCUACGGCAUCACCACGGGCUUUGGGAAGUUCGCCAGGACAGUCAUUCCCAUCAAUAAGCUGCAGGAGCUCCAGGUCAACCUGGUGCGCUCGCACUCCGCGGGUGUGGGGAAGCCCCUCAGCCCUGAGAGGUGCCGGAUGCUCCUGGCUUUGCGGAUCAACGUCUUGGCCAAGGGCUACAGCGGCAUCUCCCUGGAGACCCUCAAACAAGUCGUCGAGGUGUUCAAUGCCUCCUGCCUGCCCUACGUCCCGGAGAAGGGCACGGUCGGCGCCAGCGGAGACCUGGCCCCGCUCUCCCACCUGGCUCUCGGGAUGAUUGGGGAAGGAAAGAUGUGGUCUCCAAAGAGCGGCUGGGCGGAUGCAAAAUACGUCCUGGAUGCUCAUGGGCUGAAACCGGUUGUUUUGAAACCCAAAGAGGGCCUGGCACUCAUCAACGGGACGCAGAUGAUCACCUCGCUGGGCUGCGAGGCCGUGGAGCGAGCCAGUGCCAUCGCCCGGCAGGCAGACAUCGUGGCGGCCCUGACCCUCGAGGUGCUGAAGGGCACCACCAAGGCCUUCGACACCGACAUUCACGCUCUCCGCCCUCACCGUGGGCAGACUGAAGUUGCCUUCCGGUUUCGGUCACUCCUGGACUCGGAUCAUCACCCGUCAGAAAUCGCGGAAAGCCACAGGUUCUGCGACCGCGUCCAGGACGCGUAUACCUUGCGCUGUUGUCCGCAGGUCCACGGCGUGGUGAACGACACGAUCGCGUUCGUGAAAGGCAUCAUCACCACGGAGCUCAAUAGUGCCACGGACAACCCCAUGGUCUUCGCCAGCCAAGGGGAGACCAUUUCCGGAGGAAACUUCCACGGGGAAUACCCCGCCAAGGCCCUGGACUACCUGGCCAUCGGUGUGCACGAGCUGGCGGCCAUCAGCGAGCGGAGGAUCGAGCGGCUCUGCAACCCGUCCCUCAGCGAGCUGCCCGCCUUCCUGGUGGCCGAGGGCGGGCUGAACUCGGGCUUCAUGAUCGCCCACUGCACGGCCGCGGCCCUCGUUUCCGAGAACAAGGCUCUGUGCCACCCCUCGUCCGUGGACUCCCUCUCCACCAGUGCGGCCACGGAGGACCACGUCUCCAUGGGAGGAUGGGCAGCCAGGAAGGCCCUCAGGGUCAUCGAGCACGUGGAACAAGUGCUGGCCAUCGAGCUGCUGGCGGCCUGCCAGGGCAUCGAGUUCCUGCGGCCUCUGCGCACGACCACGCCGCUGGAGAAGGUCUACGACCUGGUGCGCUCGGUGGUGAGGCCCUGGAUCAAGGACCGCUUCAUGGCCCCGGACAUCGAGGCCGCACACAGGCUACUCCUGGAGCAGAAGGUCUGGGAAGUAGCUGUGCCCUACAUCGAGAAGUACCGAACGGAGCACAUUCCAGAAUCUCGCCCCGUGUCGCCCACGGCCUUCUCCCUGGACUCUCUGCACAGGAAAGCCUCCAAAGUCCCGGAGUCGGAAGACCUCUAGUGGGCUCGGUCACGGGCGGCAGACCUGGCGGCCGUUCGUGGAGCAGAAGCAGCGCUGUGCUGAGGCCAGGCCCGGGCGCAUUCCUGGGCAGAUGGACCCCGAGAGGGAUCGGUGGGGCUGGGGGUGGGCAACAUCGCUGGGCCUGGAGUGGGGUGCUCGGGGGGUUCAGGCGACAGCAGUUAGCCUUCUUUCUUUGUGAUGUGAACAGCCCACUCGCCCUCGAGGGGGAGGAGGUGACCACAACUGGACGGCCUGUCUUUCACUCUUUGCGUUAGAUGAGUCCACACUUGGAAACAGCUCAGAAGCAUCCUUUCCCAAAACACUGGGCUUCUGCAACCCGCGCUCUCCUUUUGACUUCCUGGUGAGCUCUCAGGCAGCAGGCUUUCACUGGCUGGUCUGCUGUGCCGCCGUCUGCCUCCACACGCCUCCAUAAAUGGCCACUCUGAGCCGUCAUUCGCCCUGAAGCCGCUUUCUCCUAGCCACUGAAUCUAGUUAAGAACAGCAGCAGGUCUUAAGCCACUCAAGGCAGGGCUGCCGGAGGCCACAAGAGGCCUCCGUGGAGGGGAGUCAGGGUGAGCAUAAAGACUGCUGUGUGAGCUGC